AUGCACUUCUCCCGCAGCAACCUCAGGGUCGCGCCGUCUAUAUGCUACGGCGACACAGAGAAAUUCCCCGAGUCGGCUCUACGCUGGCUCGGCAUCUGGCUUGACAGCAGACUAUCGUUCCGCGUUCAUGUCGAAAAGUGGGCGGCCAAGGCGCACGCCGUCGCCUAUCACCUAAGGGGCCUCGCCAACACGAUACACUGCCCUCUUCCGAGCGCCGUGCGAAGUGCCGUCAUGGCUUGCGUCGAGCCGACAGCGUCGAAGGAGAGGGCGGUCGGGGCUUUCCUCUCCUGGGUCAAGUCGCUCGACUCGCUCACCUUGGUCGUCUACUCGGACGGCUCUCUGUCCGAGAAAGGGGUUGCAAGCUACGGCUUCACCAUUCACCAGGACAACUUGCCUAUCUUUGACGGAUCGGGUCGCCUUGGACCUGCUGAGGUCUUCGAUGCUGAAGCUAGAGGCGCGUUAGAAGGCCUCAAGGCCGCGCUAAACCUGCGAGAAUCAGCAAAACAAACCAUCUUUAUCUGCCUAGAUAAUCUGGCAGCCGCCACGUGCCUUCAAGGCACACGAUCCGACUCCUCUCAAGACCUCUUUCCUGAGUUCCAGGCUCUGGCGACAUUGCAAGGGUCUAUACUCGUACGCUGGGUGCCAGGACAUACCGAAAGCCCUGGCAACGAACAGGCCGACAAAUUGGCAAAAGCGGCAUCAUCGCUCCCUGAGCCUGAAGGCGCUCAACCGACGCUGGCUUACCCACGAAGAUUCGCGAGACAGAAAUUCGAAAGAAACAUUCGAGGUGUGGUGGCUGCCCGCCGGAGCUAUGGCUCCCGCGAGCAGCUUUGCACCAUCUACUGGCAGCGAGAUCACUUCACGGGGACUUCGCCACAUAUCACGAGAUAUUCGACCAUAACGACACACGCCUGGUCUACUCAUGUGGUCGACGCAAAGCACCAGAUCACAUCUUCUACUGCAGAAAGAUACCGCCGCGUCAUCGGAUGA